AUGGCGGAGCAGGCAGGGCCCUUCCACCUGCUGCAGGGGGGGCCGCGGCGGUUUCUCUGCUACUGCCGCCCCGGCCCUGCCGAAACCGUCUAUGUGACCGACGCGCUGGAAGUCUGGGCCGGGGAGCUCGGCGCCCGCCCGCCGCUCGGCUGCCGAUGUCUGCCCGAGGAGCACGACACGAAGCUGAGGGAGGCCUUGGGGCGAGGAACCGCCGAGCUGAGCCUGAGCGAGGGGAAGGCCACGCUGCAGCCGCGGGAGGGGGCCUGGUGCUCGGCGCUGGAGCUCUUCAAGCUGCCUGGGGCCGAGGCGAGGAGCCAGCUCCAGGCGCUGGUCUUUGGCAUGGCGGGACGCGUCGAGAGCCUGGAGAGACGCUUGGAAGCAAUGGAGACAUUGGCAUCUUCUGGCAGCCCUGCAAAGAAUGCUGUCCGGAGCCAGCAGCUCUUGCUGCCAGACCCCAGCCCCAGGAAGAACAGGAGUGCUGACUCAGCUUUGCCAGCUAAGAGGAGGAUCCCAGGAGAGUCUCUCAUUAAUCCUGGCUUCAAAAGGUGAGUUCUGCUCCCAGUGCUGGGGCUGCACUGCGCAGAGAUCCGGUGGCUGUGUG